AUGGGGAACGAAGCGAGCAUGGAGGGCGGCGGGCAGCCCGGUGAGCCGGGAGCCGUCGGGAUGAUGGGGUCGGUGAUGCCCGGAGGACCCGCAGCAGGACCGGGGGCAGGACAACACAUGAAGCCGGUCAACGGAGCCGCUGCCGGGGGAGGGAUGGGAGUCGGAGGCCCCGGGAUGGGGAUGACGAGGGGCCCAAUGGGUAGCCCCAAGCCUGGCAUGCAACAAGGAGGCCAUGGAGGAGGAGGAUUGGGAGGGAUGGGAGGAGGAAUGGGGGGAGGAAUGGGAGGAGGAGGAAUGGCGGGAAUGGGAGGAGGAAUGGGGGGAGGGAUGGGAGGAGGAGGAAUGGGGGAAUGGGGAGGAGGAAUGGAGGAGGAAUGGGGGGAAUGGGAGGAGGAGGAAUGA